UAUUUGGCAGACCAUUUGUUAAAGUGAAUAUAUUUUCUGAAAAAGUUAUUAUUUUUGAAUUGAACUCUUUUCUUUUGAAAUCGGUUUUUCAAGAACUUUUAUUUUGAAAAUGAAGUCUUUGGUCAUUUUAUUAUUUGUGUGCUUCGCGCACGGAGCUAGUAUACUCAACGAUAAAAGUGAACCGAUAGUGGAAGCCACUCCAACAGAGUUAACGAACGAAAACGAUGAGAUUAUCGAGGAAACCCCAGAAGAUUUCAUUGAACAAGCCAUUUCAAAGAAUGAUGCUGAUGCGGUUAAAUUCUUAAUCGAAGGAUAUGGAAUCGAUAAGAACUACCUAUUUAGGGCUUGCGAACUAUGCAGUCCCGCGGUGGCCAACAUGUUAAUUGUAAAUGGAACCAGUGUUCACGACUACUCGGGUCAAUGGAUGUGGCGUCCGAUCCAUUAUGCUACAUACAACAAUUGUAAAGAAAUUACCAAAAUGCUUAUCGAAAAAGGCGCAGACGUGAAUGCGAAAAUCCAAAUAGGGUAUACACCGCUACAUAUUGCAGCACACAAUAAUCGUUAUAAAAUCGCAAAACUACUCAUUAACCAUGGAGCGGAUCCAAGCAUCAGAGAUUCUUGGCUGUGGGGUCGGACCGCACUGGAAUGGGCUGAGUCUAAAAAUCAUGAGGAAGUAAUGGAUGUACUAACAGAAGGCUACAAUAAUAACAACGAUGAUAAAGUGGAAUAUUAGUGUUCUGUAUGAAACGAAAAUCAGUUGAACUGUAAUGAAAUUGUUCACGUGUAAUGUUGUUAUUCGACACAAAUCAUGCAUGACACACGAAAAUAAAGAACGAAAUUCUUGAAUUAAUGUUUAUUUGCAAAAAA